CGGCGGCGGCGGCGCACAGCAGAGCACCAAACCCGGCCAACUUCACAGCAAAGCUGCCACUACUGCACCUCAAACCAGCCAUGUCGGAGCGAAGGAGGAGGAUCUGUGGAUUUGACAGCGCUCAGUCUUACUACUACUGAGCGUGUGUUUGUGUGUGUGUGUGUGUGUGUGAGGGAUAGGGCUGCUUCUCUGGUUGUUUGGAUAUCGCCUUCAUGGACGGGCAACGGGGCUUUUACGAGAUGGAGAACCCGACAGAGAACCCCAGCAAGGCGGCGGAGUAUCUAAAGGAGCUGAAUAAGAUCAUCGAGACCCAGCAGGGGCUGCUGGAGAAGCAGAGGGUCCGGAUUGAUGAGCUGGAGCUCCAGGUGACGGAUCUUUGCAAGGAAAACGCCUGCCUGAAGGAUCAGCACCAGCGGCACCUGGCCACCUGCAGGCUCCAGCAGGGCACCCUCUCCACCCUGGGAGCCAUCAAGGAGAAUGUCAUGCAGGAAAAAUCUGAAAGCGAAAGUUCGAGAGGUGUCAGGCGACACGCCUCAUUGCCCGUAGAAGUCUCAGAGAUCCCUCUAAACCUUAUUGCCCCUCCAUGUAGAAGAAGUUACCCCUGUCGCAAAUGGAAGUCUGCAUCUUUUGGACUUCCACCACCCACUGUGCACAAGCUGGAUUACAAGUAG